AUGAACCUGGGAAAUGCUAUUAAAUUAGAUAGUAGAUGUGAGGGACCCUCAGAGAAAGGAACUCUGUUCACAUGUGAGGCAGUCAGGCGGAGACAUGGAUCAUUCCUUAGCCCGUUUCUCAGCUUCCCAAGAACCAGCUCACCUCAGUCACUACCUGUCCCCGCUCUUUCUGGCUUACCUUACCUGCCUCACCUUACCUCUGAGGAGCAGGGCCCAUGGGUGAGCCCUGGCUUUGAACCAGCAGAUGUCAGUAACUGCAACAGUAAGAUGAUGGGUAAGGUGCCCCCUGAGCCAAGAGAAAGGACCCCGGAGGAGGGGCAGGGACGUCCAGGGAAAGGCCUGGGGGUGUGA